UCCGGAAGGAAACGACGCCACCACGAAAAAGGAGCCGGUGGCAGCUGGGUUUCUGCGCAGAUGCUGGGGCUGUAGGCGCCGCGCGGCCGGCUGGUUGCGGCUCGCAGGGAGGACGCCGGCGCUCGCCUUCCCUCCGCUGCCCCCGCCGCUGCCAUGAUUCCGGUAUCGCUGGUGGUGGUGGUGGUGGGCGGCUGGACUGCCGUCUACCUGACCGACUUGGUGUUGAAGUCAUCUGUGUAUUUUAAGCAUUCUUAUGAAGACUGGCUGGAAAACAACGGAUUGAGCAUCUCCCCUUUUCACAUAAGAUGGCAGACUGCUAUUUUCAAUCGUGCGUUUUACAGUUGGGGACGGCGGAAAGCAAGGAUGCUUUACCAGUGGUUCAAUUUUGGAAUGGUGUUUGGUGUAAUUGCUAUGUUCAGCUCUUUUUUUCUUCUGGGGAAAACGCUGAUGCAGACUUUAGGCCAAAUGAUGGCUGACUCUCCCGCUUCUUAUUCUUCCUCCUCUUCUUCCUCCUCUUCCUCUUCCUCCUCUUCCUCUUCUUCCUCCUCCUCUUCAUCCUCUUCCUCUUCCUCACUUCACAACGAACAGGUGCUACAAGUUGUGGUUCCUGGCAUAAAUUUACCCGUCAACCAACUGACCUAUUUCUUCGCUGCAGUCCUCAUUAGUGGUGUUGUACAUGAAAUUGGACAUGGGAUAGCAGCUAUUAGGGAACAAGUUCGAUUUAAUGGCUUUGGGAUUUUUCUCUUCAUUAUUUAUCCUGGAGCAUUUGUUGAUCUGUUCACCACUCAUUUGCAACUUAUAUCACCAGUCCAGCAGCUAAGGAUAUUUUGCGCAGGUAUCUGGCAUAAUUUCGUCCUUGCACUCCUGGGUAUUUUAGCUCUUGUUCUCCUUCCUGUAAUUCUCUUGCCGUUUUACUACACUGGAGUCGGGGUGCUUAUCACUGAAGUUGCUGAGACUACUAUGAUGGUAUCAAGUCUUCUCUUCACACUUUGGGACAAGGAAAAUUACCUUGACUCACCUGCCAUUGGACCCAGAGGCCUUUUUGUGGGAGACCUUGUCACCCAUCUACAGGAUUGUCCUGUUACAAAUGUACAAGAUUGGAAUGAAUGUCUCGAUACCAUCGCCUAUGAGCCCCAAAUUGGUUACUGUAUAAGUGCAUCAACUUUACAGCAGUUAAGCUUCCCAGUUAGAGCAUACAAACGGCUAGACGGUUCGACUGAAUGCUGUAACAAUCACAGCCUUACAGAUGUGUGCUUUUCCUAUAGAAAUAAUUUUAAUAAGCGUUUGCAUACAUGUCUACCUGCCCGGAAAGCAGUGGAAGCCACCCAAGUUUGUAGAACCAAUAAAGAUUGUAAAAAAAGCUCAAGUUCAAGUUUCUGUAUAAUACCUUCUUUGGAAACUCAUACUCGCUUAAUAAAAGUGAAACACCCACCUCAAAUCGAUAUGUUGUAUGUAGGACAUCCACUGCACCUUCACUACACAGUGAGCAUCACCAGUUUUAUUCCACGUUUCAACUUUCUAAGCAUAGAUCUGCCUGUGGUUGUGGAGACAUUUGUCAAGUACCUGAUUUCCCUCUCGGGAGCUCUGGCUAUUGUUAAUGCAGUGCCCUGCUUUGCUUUGGACGGACAAUGGAUUUUAAACUCUUUCCUAGAUGCUACUCUUACCUCAGUGAUUGGAGACAAUGAUGUCAAAGAUCUGAUAGGAUUUUUCAUCUUGCUUGGUGGCAGUAUACUUUUGGCUGCCAAUGUGACCCUGGGACUCUGGAUGGUUACAGCACGGUAAUAUCUGCACUCAUUUGAUAGAAUCUCUGAGUUACAAUAUACAAUAUUGAAAACCUUACUUGGUGUGAAAUAUAAAGUGUUUCCUUAAAAUUACAUUUUAGCCAACAACUUUAAGUUCUUUAUCCAGAGUAUCCAAACUAUGGGAUAAACAGAAGAAAUGAAAGGCAUAGUCCCUGAUUACAUUCUAGUUUUAAAGACUGAACCUACAACCUUCAGAUGCUUGUGGAACAAUUCCUAAACAAGUGCAAAUUCAUGUUAAACCAUUUUUGUGUGUCUACGUAUCAUGUUGAAAUAAUGUAAAGGAAAACAGAAUUGGGUAGGAUUAAAUGGGAAAAACUUCUUGAAAAAGCAUCAUUAAUCCAGAUUUGAAGGAGACCAGACUUUGGCCAAGUGGAAAGGUGAGCAUUUUCUUGGUCUAUAUCUCUUGUCCCUUGUCUUGUUUGAAAAGUAUUUUUAAAUUAAAUUGUGUAUUAUUUUGUACUCUGACAACUGAGGUCUGAUUACAAUUAAAUUAAUAAAAUUCUGUAAAAGAAUCCGCUGACAUGAAAGGGAAAAUCUUUGUCAAAUGAUGCCAAAUAAAUGAACAAAGAGGAAGUAGGGUCUGUAAUAGGGUGAGACAUGUUUUGCCCCACAAGAGUUGCCUCUUUGAUAAUAUGUCCCUAUACUCUCAUAAAGCAACACUACCCUUGACAUUCAGAGUGAGCUGCAGAAGUAUCUGCCACCUGCAGUAUGUGAGCUGAGACAGUUAGGGGUGAACCUCAGAAAUGAGCCAGGUGGGUCUUGCGGCAGGUCACAAGACAGAUCACAGGACCUUCUGCAGUCUGGGUUACUGUUCUCUACAGAGCUUCAAAGCUUGGAAUCCUUCCAGGGUAGGUAUUUUCUCUUGUGCUGCUGGAGCUAUCUGGGGCCUAGCUCCUAGGUCCCUGUCUUCAAGAAGCAAUUACCUUAAAAAAAAAAAAAGAAGCAAUUACCUUAAGCCCUGAACCAUACUCUGUCCUCACCAGUGGCUCCGAUGUUUCUCUGUGUUGGGUAAUUAAAUAUGUAGUCCUUGCUUUCCAUCUUUCCCCUAAGCUACCUCUGUGGGUCCACGAAAGACUUGGUAGUAGAGUGAGUAUGGCUGCAUGUGAGUACAAAUGUGGAUUUGCCAGUGCCCGGGAACUGCCUCUUGAGCCCAAAAGAGCCCUGCCUAGUUUGAGAUCUUUUGGACUGGAGAUGCAGCCCUGGAAGAUCUGGGAAGUCAAUAGGCCAGUGUGAAGCUGUUGGUAUUAGAAGUAUAUGAGCAAGCUCUUUCUUUGAUGAAAAAUAUUUGCUUCUCUCAUAUACUCAAGAACAUGACUAGUCAUGUAUCCAAGUUUUUCAUUAAUUGAGGUAUUCGUGGGGUUCACCUCUUUCAGAUCACUGAGUUGCUUUUUAGGCACUAAAACUUUUUAACCAUUUUUAAGGAAACUUUAGAUUGUAUUAUAAAUCUGCCUGCCUUCUUAAACAGAAAUUAUAUAUUGAAUAUAAUUUUAAUAUUUUUAAUGACUCAAGGUCAUCAGUUAUUACCACUACUUAAAACUGUACAAAUUAUUGGUUUAUCCUAGGAAAAAGGCAUUUGUUCUGUUUUUAGGCAGACAGUCUUUCAGGAUUAAAGUAUAUUAACAGAGUGUUACGCAGACCUGUUCAGGUAGUAACGUUUGGGGAAUACCAUGAAAUACUUACAUAAUUAAUUCUAUUACAUGAACUAAGCAGUUUAUUAAUGGAAAUGCUAUAUAUGUGCAGGUCAGUUUUUUAAAACUGAGAAAAAAAUUUAAUAGAUGAAAUCCUACCUGUAAACUUCUUUUUCUGGGUGGAAAAAAAACCCCAAGCAUGUCAUUUUCUUAUGGCUUUUAAACACCUUGGUCUUCUGCUACACUGGGUCAGGAUUUGGCAAACACUCUAUUAGGAUAUUGAGCACAUCAGUCCCAUUUUUACAGAAAUGGCCUCAUUGUGUAAGAAAGGAAAUGUUAUGUGUUGUUUCUUCAGCUUGAUUGUGGGCACUUCUAGAGCGAGGACCAUGUCAUACUCAUCUUUGCAUCCCUGGCACAGUGCAUGAGACAUCAAAAAUACUUAAUAAAUGUGGUUGAAUGGAUGAUGAUUAGUGUUAUUUAUGGAUUAGAAAAGCAUGUUUCUAUUUAAGUAAGCUGUAAAAAGUAUUAUUGAAUAUACUGUAAAUAUAUAACAUAAAAUAAUAACUUGGAAGGUCUGUGUCCCUGAUAUAUUAUCAUCUUUAUGAAAAUAGUCCAUUUUGGUUUCUGUAGAGCAAUUAGAAAAAUGAAUUAUUUUGAGGAUUUGAAGAAAGUGUUGUGUUGGCAGUUGUUCAGCAGUAAAACUUCAUUUUCAGUGUUUCUAUUCUGCACUGUUUACAUUUUUCAGGGUUGUUUUUAAUCACUUAAAAUCCGUAAAGGAUGUAUAUAUUCUUUUUAGCAUUUCAGUUUGAAAAGACAUGCAGUUAAACUUGACCUUCUGAUCAUCGCUCUUACAGGUCACUAUCUGUUCUAACAGUAAAUUGUAACCAUGCACUUCAUGGAUAUGUGGCUCUUAGUCAUCAGUUUGUCCUGUGGUAUUUAUUGAAUGUCCACAUACUAAUGGUACACAGGUAUUUUUUUUCUAUAAAUCUUUCAACUGAGCUGUAAUUCAUUCUUAGGCUUUAACUUGAAGAUAUCGUAGUUGCUGGCGUUUAAUGUUUAGCAAUAAAAGAAUAAAUGUGUACCAGCA